AUGAUUCUAAUAAACGAAGUCAAGUACGCUUGCAUGGAGUGUAUCAGAGGACAUCGCUCCUCGAUGUGCCGGCAUCAUCAAAGGCCGCUACUACAGGUUAGACUGAAGGGGAGACCAAAUGUGGGAUAUGGCAACAAAAACCAUAGAAUUGCUGUCUUCGCUGAGGAAAUCGCAUCUCUGCCCGAGCCAGAGGAUGGCGACAGCUGCAGAGAUUUCCCCGUUGUGAUUUUGAAAGCUUCCGACAAACAAGUCAUUGACCUUCUGAACGGUCAGAUCCUAGGGCCUUAUAGUGAGGCCGCCAAGGACAUGUACAAUACAAAACCUGUGAUUCGCUCCGACAGCUUUAUCAACUCAUCAUCGUGUUGUUCUAAGGGGGCCUCCAAAGUGAGUAAACAGUGUUCCUGCAACAAAGCUAAUGUUUCCAAGACAAAGAUUCUCAAAUCCUACUUUGACAAACAUAAGGGCAAGGAUGUUCGGGUCAAGAAGGAGCCACAGGUCGUUCCAGCCAAGCUGAGCUGCUGUAGCUCGAAGAAGCAGGCCAACGGAAAUGCCCAGAACGAGAACGGUUACUCGGCGAACAUUUUUGCUAAUCCGUACUACGCGGGACAGUUGAAUAAUGCAACACAACCACAGCAAACCUAUAACAUGUCGUUCCCACAGAUGCCUCAAGGGUAUCCUCCCCUACAAAACAAGCUUCCUCAAACUCAGGUGUACCCAGACACAUUCCAAGCACAACCUCAAUCUCAGCAAGACAUGUUCCACAAUUUCGCUGCAAGCAACACAGGAGAAAUAUUCGAGGUUGUCAACGUACCCUCUUGCUCUAUUCUGGGAACUUGUCGGUGUACAGCAGAUUGUAAAUGUCCAGGCUGUGUUGAACACAACAAUGCCCCCAAGCCACAGGCUGAAGUACAACUUGAAUCCCUUAGAAAUGACGCUCAGUACGGCUCAAACUUGAUUCUAACGCUGAAGGAGCAGAAACACACUGAACAAAGACAAACACAGCCGAUGUUACCGCCAGUAUCGUUUCCGAAAGACUUCGAUACCUAUGCUAAUUUCCUCCGCCAGAUCAUUGGAGAUUCACAAGAUGUUCAAGAAGCUCAGAAUGGCAAUGAGCCCGAGCGUGUAGCUAACGAAGAACAGGCGUGUGAAUGUCCUGAAGAGGCAUGUUUCUGUACUAAUUGUGAGGCACACGGCAUAAUUGAUGGCUACAGACUAGACGACAUUUUCAAUUCCCGUACAGUUGAUCAAACAAUUAAGACAGAGCCAUUAGACCGAACGUCGUUUGAGUCAAAACGAUCAUCGAUUGAACCCAGCACUUCCGUGCUGUCCCUCAGCUCAAACACAUCGACGUUAGGCAAGAGAACCUAA